AUGGCACCCGCUCAGCCAGAACUUAAGAAGUACCUCGACAAGAGGCUGUUUGUCCAGCUCAACGGCAGUCGCAAGGUCAUCGGCGUCCUGCGCGGCUACGACGUCUUCCUGAACAUCGUCCUGGACGAGGCCGUCGAGGAGAAGGACGGCGGAGAGAAAGUCAAGCUCGGCAUGGUGGUCAUCCGCGGAAACUCGGUCGUGAUGCUCGAGGCACUGGAGAGGAUCGGCGGCGACGAGAGGCAACAACGGGGCUGA